CAACACGCAGAAUGCAGAUGUGAAGAGAUGUCAGGCCCGGAUUCAAAGACGAUCGGCAGCAACUGGAAGAUUCUGCAGCAACGAUUGGAGGCGGAGAAAAAGGCCAAAGGCGAGAGCAAUGGGGUGAAGAGGAAGCGAGCGCCGGAAAAGUCGACGACUGCGUUCAAGAAGAAGAAGACGUUUGAUUUCCAGUCUGCGAACGGGACGGCUUUGGGCAAGAGGCGGAAGAUGGGCGGUGUCAUGUCGACGGCGACGCCGGCGAAAGAGGUAGAUCUGGUCAAAGAGCAUGAGAUACCCCAGGAGGAUGUGGCAGCAGCAUAUGGGACAACGAAGAAGCGAGCGUCAUACACAGACGAUGUCAACGGAGGGUUACAUCCCACGCACAAGAUCGGGAAAUAUGUCGCUCUCGAUUGCGAAAUGGUCGGCACCGGACCUCCUCCCCAUCUCGACAACGUCCUCGCACGAGCUUCUCUUGUCAACUUCCACGGCGAGCAAAUCUACGACUCCUACGUCCAGCCUCCGCCCAAGGUCCGAAUCGAGGACUACCGAACAUAUGUCUCAGGCAUCAAGCCGCAUCACCUGAAGCCAGGGUAUGCGAGGACAUUUGCGGAAGUGCAGAAAGAUGUUGCGAAACUGCUCGAUGGAAGGAUACUGGUUGGCCACGCAUUGCGGAAUGACCUGAACGCACUGCUGUUGUCGCACCCAAAGAGUGAUAUGCGAGACACGUCGAGAUAUCCGAAGUUCAGGAUCGAGAGCAAAGGGAAACCGCCCGCUUUGAGGAAUCUGGCGAGGAGUGAGUUGGGGCUGGAGAUUCAGACAGGAGAGCACUCGUCAGUGGAGGAUGCAAGGGCGACAAUGUUAUUGUUUCAGAAAGAGAAGAGAGGGUUCGAGGAGGAGAAUCGGAAGAGGUUUGGGAAUCGGAAACCCGGGGGUGUCAGAGAGAACACGAAGGACACGAAGGAGGAUACUCCAGAUGUGGAGGAUGAUGAGGAGCAGGACAAGGAGCCGGAGGAGGAUGAGGAUGAUCUGGAUCUGUUGUCUGGAGAAGAGCUCGAGGAGGCUUUGGCAAAGGAAGCGAGUACUGCAGAAGGGAAGAAGACGCAAGCAAGCAAGAAAAAGAAGACGAAGAAGAAGAAGCGCACGAAGAGGAAGUGAGAUGGAGCAAAUUAGUCGUUGGGUGAACGCGUAGAAGGUUGUAAUAUGUGGAUACGAUACAAAUCCAGGUCAAAUCUGCAUGUGCGCCUUCGAUCGAUACAUCUUCAGGCUUAAUCCAACUGUCGCCGUUCUUCCUGUUCUCCCAGAAUGCCCUCG